AUGAAGACUGGCUAUCCAACAAUGCAGCACUCCCACGUCGCUACGCAGAACGAGCCAAUAGGCGCGCAGCCUAUGCCAUUGCAACGCGAAGGGAAAAUCGGCGCAAACCAACCAGGCGUCAGUGGAGGCGAUCACAUAGGAUCGAAAAACAGCCAAUCAACGGAGCGGUGGAUUAAGGUAUCGGGACGUAAGGUUAGAGGUAAACCAAUGAAGCCCGAUGCUGUGAUCUUGAAGAAAAACGGCGAUAUGACAUACGCAGAGAUGUUGAGGAAAAUCAAAUCACAGCCUGAACUAACUGAACUCAGCCUGAAUGUUAAAAACAUACGGAAAACGGCAAGCGAUGAGCUUUUGUUCGAACUCAAGAAGCCGGCCAAUCAUUUAACCCAAAAGUUUAAGGCAGCGGUUGAAACUAUACUGGGCGACAAUGCGCAGGUCCGAUCCCUCACCCAAGAAUCACUAAUUGAAAUUAAAGAUUUGGAUGAGGUAACAUCCAAGGAGGAGGUGCUGAAAGCGGUAAACGAUAGCCUUAUCGACGCCCAUAUUGGCCUGACGGCAAUUCGGUCCAUGCGAGCUGCAUAUGGGAACACGCAAACCUGCACCAUGAGUCUGCCAACAGCAACUGCUUAUAAGCUGCUGGAAAAAUCAAAAGUCCGCAUCGGAUGGGUUGUUUGCCGCAUAAGGGAAAAAGAAGAUUUGGUGAGAUGCUACAAAUGCCAUGAAUAUGGACAUGUAGCUAAGAAGUGUAAGAACGAAGAGGACCGCACUUCUCUUUGUUUCAGGUGCGGAGGAAAAGACCAUAAAGCAAGAGUCUGUUCAAAUAGCCCGUCAUGCGCCCUCUGUGCCAAACAAGGCGAAAGCAACCCAAACCAUGUAACAGGCAGUCGCUUUUGUGUGGCCUUCCAACGGGCGAGAGCAAAACAAGGAGCUACUAAACAACGGCGAUCAUGA